UACUCUUUUUUGAUUUUCCAAUAUUCCCAAAGCCGAUUGAGCAGCCGCCAGAACCACCGAUGCCGCCGCGGGCUCCGGCUGCCCUCUUGGAUUGCCCUGCCGGGCGUAACGCAUUGCAAUGCCUGCCCCAAUAUGCCGGCCACUCCGGAACUGAUCGCACUCCGAUCAACUCCACUUGCUGUGCCAUUCUCUACAACGCCACCGCCGAGUGCGCAGGUGACAGAUGGCCCGAUUUCAUUCCUCCAGCGCUGGCCUAUUGUCAACGGGAACAUCCCGAGCAGGACCCGUCUGCGCCUCAGUUAUCCCCGCUACCGCCAUCGCCAUCACAACCAUCGACGCCGCCGCAGGCUUCGAGUGCCCUUUCGGAUUGCCGACACACAUAUUUGUAUUGCAUGGCCCAAUUUGCACACCACGAAAUUGAUCACAGUCCGAUCAACUCCACUUGCUGUGACUUCCUGAUCCACAACGCCACAGAAGAGUGCGCCGGUUCCCACGUGCAUGAUCUUUGGCCUCAAUCCAUAGCCUACUGCCAGCCUCCCGAGCAAAACUCGUCACCGCGUCAGGCACCGUUGCUGCCACCACCGCCACCACCAUCUCUGCCGACUCCAGAGGAAUCAGCACAAAAGUGUUUGUCUUUCAUUAACACCAUGCAGUCUUGCAUUAACGAAAUCAUGUCCGGAUUCUUCAACAAGAGAUUGGGAAUGGGGCCGGGUUGCUGCACCGCCAUGUCUAGUUGGGGUGAGGAUUGCUUCACCGAAUUGUCCCGACAGUUUCCGGAUCUUUUCUACCCUUCUUGGCUCAGACAACAAUGCUCUCUCCCUUAAUUACUUUAUUAUUUCGUUUGCCAUGGUUUUACACAAUUAGGAAUUCUUCUAGCUCCAUGUUAAAUUUAUUUAUUAAUUUUUAUAUUAUUU